AUGUCAGAAAUUGAAACCACCUUUGAUUCUCUCUUUCCGAUCAAUGAAAGGAAGGCAUUUUCGCAAAAGCUUUCCUAUGGUACAGCUGGAUUUAGAAUGAAGGCAGAUUCUAUUCUAGAUCGUGUUGUCUUCUCAGUUGGCUUACUUGCUUGUUUGAGAGCUUUGGAGAGGAACGAAUCGGUCGGAGUGAUGAUCACAGCAAGCCAUAACGGAGCACAAGACAAUGGAGUAAAAUUGGUAGAUCCUUCGGGUGAAAUGUUAGAAGCAAGCUGGGAGGAGAAGGCUAUGCGAUUAGCCAACCGUAUUCAUGAUGCAUCGGAAUUGGCUUCCACAUGCCGAGAAUUGGCAAAGGAAUUAAACUUGAAUGGAAGAAAUUCAUCCAAGACUCUUUGUAUUUGUAUCGGAAAGGAUACUAGAGAGAGUAGUGAUCGAUUAGUCCAAUAUUUGAAAGCUGCAAUUUCAACAUUUAGAAAUGAUGGAAUUGUUUUUGUGGAUUAUGGAUUGGUGAUUACACCUCAACUCCAUUAUAUGGUCAUGCUGGCAAAUAGUCACCAAGAAACAAAGAAUUUCCUUUCUCAAUCGUUCUCUUCUCACGACGAAAAGCAAUCAAAAAUUCAAGACAAGUUGAGUGAAAAUUUGAAUAUUUAUUAUCAAAAUAUUGCCCAAGCUUUCGAAUCGUUAGUUCACAAGACAAAGCCAAUAGAUGUCAACUUGGACUGUGCAUUCGGAGUUGGCGGCAAAAAAGUGAAAGAGCUUGCCUCUCAUUUGAAAGGACUCGUUAAUUUUACAAUUGUCAAUGACUUUGAGCAUGCAGUACCUAUCAAUUGUGAAACCUUUAAAGAUUUAGCAAGCAUUGACGGAGAUGGUGACAGGCUUGUUUUCUACUACAUCAACAACAAUGGAGAUUUGUGCCUAUUGGAUGGUGACAAAAUUGCAAGUCUUUUAGUGAAAUUUAUUGGAGAAAUGCUUAAAAAAACCAAUUUGUUGGACCAAUUAAUUGUUGGAGUGGUUCAGACAGCCUAUGCCAAUGGAUCCUCAACAACCUAUCUAAAGCAAGUGUUAGGGGAAGAACGUAUCUUUUGUGUGCCCACUGGUGUUAAAUACUUGCAUCACAAGGCCAAAGAUCUUGAUGUGGGCGUUUAUUUUGAAGCCAAUGGUCACGGUACUGUUGUUUUUUCAGAUAAGGCAAAAAAGGCCAUUGAUGAUCUGUAUAACAAGAGCAAGCAUGAAAACUCUGAAAUUUCCGAAGCAAUUUCCAAUCUCCAUGCUUUCACCAAUUUAAUUAACGCAACAGUUGGAGAUGCAUUCAGUGAUUUAUUAGCGGUGGUUGCUGUAUUGAGCUAUUACAGUUGGUCAUGGUCAGAUUGGGAUUUACAUCUUUACACAGAUGUGCCAAGUGUUCAAGAUAAGCUUCGAGUGAAAGAUAGAACUAUCAUCAAAACAUCUGCAGAUGAAACACAAGUCCUUUCACCUCCUGGAAUCCAAGACAAAAUCAAUCAAUGUGUUGCAAAAGUCAAAAAAGGAAGGGCAUUCAUUCGACCAAGUGGAACCGAAGAUGUCGUGAGAGUUUAUGCUGAGGCUGAAACUCAGCAAGAGGCCAGAGAUCUAGCAAUUGAUGUGUUGCAUAUUAUUUACAAUGAUUUACAAGGAACAGAGCAACCACCUUCCAAGCUUUAA